AUGGAUAGUGGUUGUUUCAUUCUCUCUUUCAUAGAUGCAAUGUUGUUCUGUGUCUUGGUUGGAUUAGCUAUUGAAGUUACGAACAUCACCACAGAUCAAUUUGCCCUUCUAGCCUUGAAAGCUCAUAUUGCUGCUGACUCUAAAAAACUCUUGUCAAUAAACUGGUCUACUACUACCUCUGUUUGUAACUGGAUGGGUGUCACUUGCGGAGCUCCCCAUCAUAGAGUCACUGCCUUGAAUCUCUCUAACAUGGGCCUUACAGGAACUAUCCCCCCUCAUAUUGGGAACUUAUCCUUCCUUUCUAGCCUCUUCUUUGCAAAUAACACUUUUUACGGCUCUUUGUCAAUUGAGUUAGCCAGAUUACGUCGGUUUCGAUAUAUUAACUUGGGACAUAAUAGCUUUAGUGGUGAAAUACCAUCGUCGCUUGGAGAUCCUUCUCAGCUUCAAGGCUUGGGAUUGCACAGCAACAAUUCCAUUAGCGACAUCCCAACAUCUCUGUGCAACUUAUCAAAGCUAGAGAGGCUCUAUUCCUUCCACCAUCUUCAACAUGUCUUCCUUGCAACUUAUGAGUACCAACAACAAUUGCCUUUCGGGGUCAAUCCUCCAUUUAUUAAUGUCAACACUUCUUCAUUGCGAGAUCUUUAUGUCAGUUUUAAUAACAUGUCUGGUCAUCUUCCCUUGGAUAUAUUCUACAAUCUACCCCAAGUAGAAGAGCUCUACUUAUUUCACAACAUGUUCUCUGGAAGGAUUUUGCCAAGCUCUAUUCCCUCCACCAUCUUCACCAUGUCUUCGGUGCAACUUCUUCAUUGCGACAUGUUUACGUCAGAUUCUGCCAAGUUUAUUUCCGUGCAAACAGCUAGUGCAUCUAUCAUUGGGAGAAAAAAUUUCCAAGCAAGCAUCCCUGAAGAAAUCGGGAAUUUGACAAGGCUUCAAAAGUCGUAUCUUGGCAUUAACAACUUCAAUGGGCCAAUUCCUCUGGUUAUUAUGAAUUUGACCUUACUAAAGAGAAUUGAAUUUAAUGACAACAAUUUGUCAGCAAGUAUAGGCCUCUGGCUCCUAAGUCUUGAAGAACUUGUGCUUGGAAGCAACGAACUCCCUGGACCAAUCCCUAAUUCUAUCUCUAAUGAUUCUCAGCUGACUUUGUUGGCUUUGGAAACCAAUGCCUUCUCUGGUUUUAUUCCCGAUUCACUUCGUAAUUUAAGAAAUUUGAAGAUGCUCAAUUUGGCAAACAAUCUUUUAACAACUGAGUCUUCAUCUGUCGGAAUGAGUUUCCUAUCAUCUUUGACAAAUUGCAAACAUCUGACCAAUUUGGAAGUCUGUCCUAAUUCACUAUAUGGAACUCUUCCAAUUUCUAUAGGAAAUUUAUAUGCUUCUAUGCGAAGAUUCUAUGCACAAGGAUGCAACAUUAAGGGUAGCGUCCCUGGAGAAAUUGGCAACUUAACCAACUUGAUAUUUUUGGAUCUUGGAUAUAAUGAUUUGACAGGAACUAUUCCAACCUCUAUUAAAACAUUAGCAGAGAUCCAGCUUUUGUUUCUUGGCAAAAAUAAACUAGGAGGAGCCAUCGCCAUGGAGUUAUGUGUUUUAGAGAAAGUCUCUGAAUUAUUUUUGGGGAUUAAUCAGCUCUCUGGAUUAAUCCCCCAAUGCUUGAAAUAUUAA